AUGUCAAAAAGCAAAAAUGUCAUAUCGCUCAAAAGAAUUUCAUUUAUUUUUUUAAUUUUGCUUUUUAGAAUUGAGCAAAAAAUGGACAAAGAAUCUAAAAAUGUAGCUUCUGAUAAUGCUUUUGCGAAAUUCGAUUUUGAUGACAGGCUAAUUAAGAUGAUUGCAGAAAUGAAUUGGGAAGCACCUACGCCAGUUCAAGCCUCAAUGAUUCCAAUGGUUUUGAGUGGAAAGAAUGUUCUUGCUAGAGCACGCACUGGAAGUGGAAAGACUGCGGCGUUUUUACUUCCUCUUAUUCAGAAUAUUUUGCAGCUGAAUAUUGAAAGGCCGUCUGCAGACAUGCGAGGUCCUUAUGUUCUUAUUGUUGCCCCAACAAAAGAAUUAACUUCUCAAAUAUUCACUCAACUUCAACAAUUAAUUGCUCCAUUUCCUUUUAUUCAAGCUCUCGAUUUAGUUCAUUAUCUUGAUCCGAAUGAGAAUCAAACUUUAAAUGAUGAUUUACUUGAUAUUUUGUUGGGAACCCCUGGACGUUUAUUGGCCGUUGUGGAAAAGAACCCUGGUUUAUUGGAUAGAAUUCGGACUGUUGUACUUGAUGAGGCCGAUUUAAUAUUUUCUUAUGGAUAUCAGGAUGAAAUGAAAAAAUUAAAAACACUUUUGCCUAAACGAUUUCAAACAAUAAUGACUUCUGCAACUCUUAAAGAAGAUCUUAGUGAAAUUCAAAAAACUUUUGUUGAAGGGAAGAUGUUUUCACUUAAAUUAAAAGAACGAGAUUUGCCUGGAACUGAUCAAUUAGAGCAGUUUCACAUUUCUUGCCAAAAUGAUGAGGAACGUUUUACAAUUUUAAUGGCUCUAAUAAAACUUAAAUUGCUAGUUGGUAAAUCUGUCGUUUUUGUUUCUACUGUUGACCGUUGUUACAAGCUUUAUUUAUUUUUGCAAGCAUUUAAAGUCCCUUCUUGUGUUUUAAAUGCUCAAAUGCCAACAAAUUCUCGCUGUAGAGUUAUUCGCGAAUUUAAUCAAGGAAAAUGGCCUUUUUUGAUUGCAUCUGAAUGUAAUGAUAUUUUUGAUGAUUCUCAGGAAGCAGAAGAAAAUUUGAAAGGAAAGAAAAAUAAGCAAAAACGUAAAGAAUUAAAGAAAAACAAAAAACGACAUUUAGACAAAGAAUCAGGAAUAGGCAGAGGAAUUGAUUUUCAUUUAGUCCCAAAUGUUAUAAAUUUUGAUUUUCCUUUGUCUACGGAUAUGUAUGUGCACAGAGUUGGAAGAACUGCAAGAGGAUUUAACAAAGGAACAGCAAUUUCUUUUUGUUUAUUAUCAGAGCAGGCAUUGUUUGAACACAUUAGACAAGAAGUCAAUGAAAGAAUGGGCCAACCUGUCCUUCGACCUUAUCAAGUCCGUAUGCAGGAUUUUGAAGGAUUUCAGUUAAGAGCUAGAGAAGUUUUAGCUGCUUGUACACGUGCUGUUAUUAGAGAGACAAGAAUGGCAGAAAUUCGAGACGAAUUACUCAAAUCAAAACGUUUAGAUGCUUAUUUUGAAAAAAAUCCUCGUGAAAGAUUAGCCUUUGAACAAGAUAAAAAGCAAUAUAAAUUAAAAAUACACAGCCCAGCAAUAGCAGAUGUUCCCGAUUAUUUAGUUCCAAAAGCUUUGAGAGGUCAAAAAUUUUCUGAAACAUAUAAAUCAACAAAUAUAUUAAAUAAUAAUAGAAGAAAAAGGAAAAGAUCGGGAAGACAAUUUUUUGUUGAAAAUGAAGAAGGAAAAACUAAUGAAGAUGGAGAAAAUCAAAAAAGAAGAAAAUUUAAUAGACAAAAAACUGAAAAGAAUUUUGCUAAAAGAAAUUUUCAAAAGAAGAUGGCUGAUCCGUUACAGAGUUUUAAAAUUUGA